AUGGGGCGCUUCUCCGCCUGGGACUACGUGGUCUUCGCGGCCAUGCUGGCGGUCUCGGCCACCAUCGGCGUCUACUACGCCUUCGUGAGGCGAGGGAAGGAGACAUCCAAGGAGUUCCUCAUAGGGGGCCGCAGUAUGACCGCUGUCCCUGUUGCGAUCUCCCUCACCGCCAGCUUCAUGUCGGCUAUCACCGUGCUGGGCACCCCUGCUGAGAUCUACCGCCACGGUGCCAUGUUCUGCAUCUUCGCCAUCGCCUACACCGUGGCGGUGCUGGGCAGUUCUGAGAUCUUCCUGCCUGUCUUCUACAAGCUGGGCAUUACCAGCACCUACGAGUACUUAGAGCUUCGCUUUAAUAAAAACCUGCGCCUCUGUGGAACAGGCCUCUUCAUUAUACAAACGGUAUUGUAUACUGGUAUUGUCAUUUAUGCUCCAGCUUUAGCCCUAAAUCAAGUUACUGGCUUUGAUCUGUGGGGUGCAGUGGUGGCAACUGGCCUGGUCUGCACUUUCUACUGCACAGUGGGUGGUCUGAAGGCAGUAGUCUGGACGGACGUUUUCCAGGUUGGAAUAAUGGUUGCUGGAUUUUCCUCUGUGAUUAUUCGAGCUGUGGCGGUUCAGGGAGGACUUGGACGCAUUGUUAAUGAUUCCUACUAUGGAGGAAGAUUAAACUUCUGGGACUUUAAUCCCAGUCCUUUUCAAAGGCACACCUUUUGGACAAUUGUUAUAGGUGGGUCCUUCACAUGGCUUGGCAUAUAUGGGGUUAACCAGUCUCAAAUACAGAGAUACAUUUCAUGCAAAACCAGGUUCCACGCAAAACUGUCCCUCUACAUCAACUUGUUGGGCCUCUGGGUGAUACUGACCCUGUCGGUGCUGUGCGGCCUGUCCCUCUACUCCAUCUACAGGGACUGUGACCCCUGGACAGCAAAGAAGGUGUCAGCGUUGGACCAGCUAAUGCCAUACCUAGUGAUGGAUAUUCUCAGCGAAUUUCCAGGAGUGCCAGGGCUUUUUGUGGCUAGUGCCUACAGUGGGACAUUAAGUACGGUGUCCUCCAGCAUCAAUGCUCUGGCUGCUGUGACUGUUGAAGACCUCAUUAAGCCAUACUUCCCAUCCCUCUCUGAAAAGAAGUUGUCAUGGAUAUCCAGGGGGAUGAGCCUGUUUUAUGGUUUAGUCUGCAUUGCUAUGGCUGCACUGGCAUCUGUCCUGGGAGCCUUGUUGCAGGCAGCGCUCAGCAUUUUUGGCAUUAUUGGUGGCCCCCUUUUAGGAAUAUUUUCCUUGGGAAUCCUCUGCUCCUUUGCAAAUGAAAUUGGUGCUUUUGUGGGUCUCCUCAGUGGCUUUUUAAUUUCACUUUGGGUUGGAAUUGGAUCUCAGAUGUACCCUCCACAGGAAAACAGUGCCAAGCCUCUACAUCUCUCAGUUGCAGGCUGUAAUAUAUCCUCAGUAAAUUUGACAUCAACAGCAAUUCCAUUAACAACAAUUCUCAACAAACCAACUGCAGCAAGACCUGCCCUGGCAGACAGCUGGUAUUCCUUGUCUUACCUCUACUUCAGCACACUCGGGACACUUACCACAGUAGCUGUGGGAAUAAUUAUCAGCCUUCUAACAGGAGGACUAAAGCAGAACAUAGAUAGUAGAUUCCUGCUGACCAAGGAAGAUUUCAUGUCCAGCUUCACAUGGCCUUCAUCUGAGACACCAGAGAAAGAGCAGGAACGGGCAGCUGAUGGAACUGACAACCCUGCUUUCAGCCACAUUGAAAUGGAUGUUGCAAGCAAAUAA